CUUACAAAUUGGUUUUUGGAAAUUGAUUACAAUUAUAAAUUUCUAAUUUAUUCAUAUAAAAGGACGUGGUAUAGUACUUCUGCUUUAUCCGUUCACUAUAUUGUUUGUAUAAAAAUACUAUUAUUACUUGCAAAUAAUCACCUACAAUUAAAAAAAAAAAUAACAUAAAAUGUCCCAAACAGUUUUCGUCUCUGGUGCGACAGGAUUUAUCGCACAACAUGUUGUCGUUCAAUUACUUGAAAAGAACUACAAAGUUGUUGGUACUGUCAGAUCUGCUUCUAAAGGUGAUAAUUUGAAAAAGAAUUUAAACUCAGAGAAUUUCAGUUACGAAAUCGUUUCGGAUCUCGAGAAAGAAGGCGCUUUUGAAGCUGCCUUAGAAAAACAUCCAGAAGCUACAGUUUUCAUUCAUACUGCUUCACCUGUUGUAUUUGACACUAAGGAUGUUGAAAAGGAGUUAUUGUUUCCUGCUGUUCAUGGUACUAAGAACGUUCUUACUGCAAUUAAAAACGUCGCUCCACAGAUCAAAAAGGUUGUAAUUACAUCUUCUGUUGCAGCAGUCGCUGGUGCUGACAAUGAUAAAACAGUCCCAGUCGAUGAAACUUCUUGGAAUGACACUACUUGGGAAGCUUCGAAGAAGGACGGUCAUUUUGGAUACUACGGAUCAAAAACAUUUGCCGAAAAGGCUGCUUGGGACUUUGUCAAAGAUGAAAAACCAAACUUUACACUCUCAACUAUUAAUCCUUCGUUUGUUUUCGGUCCACAAGCAUUUGAUUCAGAAGUUGGAUCACAAUUGAAUCUUUCCAAUACUGUCAUUAGCAAUUUAUUGAGCGUUAAACCAGGCGAUGAGGUUCCACAACUGGAUGGUUCAUCUGUUGAUGUUAGAGAUGUUGCAGCUGCUCAUAUCCUUGCCUUUGAGAAAGAUGAGGCUAUUGGAAAGAGACUUCUUUUAACAAAUGAGGAUUUCACUAGUCAAACAAUUUUAGAUGCUAUCAGUAAAGGUGUCCCUGAGUUGAAGGGGUCUAUCAGCGUAGGAGUUCCUGGGUCAAAUCCCCCAGCUCCAUUCUAUAAUGACAAAAAAUCUCGAGAAAUACUUGGAUUGACUUAUAUUGAUCUUACUACAACAGUAUCUGAAACUGUGAGACAAUAUUUGAAACAUAAAACUUCUUAGAGUUUAUAUAAUUUAUUGUGAUUAUUAACC